AGAUUGUUUCCGUCUAUAAUUCAUCUUGUGUUAUUGUCUUUCGACGGUUUUGAAAAUUCAAUGGCUACUCGCUUCUCAACUUUCGUAUUUCCCCUCAUACUGAGUGUUUCUAUGUUGAUGAGUUUCGAUUGUUUUGUGACGACGGUGAGUGCGAGACAUCUUUUGGAGACACCAUUACCCAAGAUACCUGAAAAGCUUCCGAAGCCAGACGUGCCUAGUUUGUCAAAGCCUGAGCUUCCUCCAUUGCCGAAGGUUGAGUUGCCUCCGUUGGAAAAGCCUAAAGUGCCUGAAUUGCCAAAGCCUGAGCUCCCAAAAUUACCUCAGUUACCUCCUUUGGAAAAGCCUAAAGUGCCUGAAUUGCCAAAGCCUGAGCUACCGAAAUUACCUCAAUUGCCUCCUUUGGAAAAACCUAAAGUGCCCGAAUUGUCAAAGCCUGAGCUCCCAAAAUUACCUCAGUUGCCUCCUUUGGAAAAGCCUAAAGUGCCCGAAUUGCCAAAGCCCGAGCUUCCAAAAUUACCUGAGUUGCCUCCUUUGGAAAAGCCUAAAAUGCCCGAAUUGCCUAAACCUGAGGUCCCAAAAUUGCCUCAAUUCCCUCCUUUGGAAAAGCCUAAAGUACCCGAAUUGUCAAAGCCUGAGCUCCCAAAACUACCUCAAUUGCCUAAACUUGAGGUUCCCGUAGUACCAGAAUUACCUAAACCUAACCUCCCUAAGUUGCCUGAAUUUACACCACUACCAAAGCUUGUUUUUCCUACCCUUCCAAAGGACAUUCCUAUUCCUUCGUUCAACCCACCACAUACAUCUACCCUUAAACCUUGAAUGCCAUAUUCAACUUUGGUUUACAAGAGUGGAACUAAACAUACCUCAUAUACGACUAAAAAACUGUACUUUUUUUUUUUCUUUUUAAUUAUGGUUUCUAGUAAGUGUAUGAGUGAUUUAUGUAAGUUUUCUUUUUAAUUAUCUGUGUUUCUAUACUUUUAAGAUAUGGUCUUUAAAAUUUAUAAAACUAUAUUACAUUCUAUAUAUAUAAAUAUAUGUUUUUUUUUU